AUGUUUCAAACGGUUAUACAAGGUCUCGCCAUAUUUAUGCUCACGCAGUUUGUUGUGAACAAUUUCUUUGGAUCCAAGUCGACCUCUGGCGGAAGCGCCGCCGCGCCCAAGCAAAAUGCCAACUUCGAUGAAAGAGCCGAUGUGACCGCCCUCACAAACUAUUCCCUCAUCCCUCAAAACAUUGCUCCGAUAUGGCCAGACAACAGUGUCGUCGAUAUCCGAAUGUAUGUGUCUGCGCAGGACACCCUUCCUGCCCUUUCCGCUGUGCCGAAGGAAAGCCUCGUCCUGGAAGAGAAGAACUUUGGGAUCGGAAAUUACGAUGAAAACCGAGAGGUGCAUACGCAGAUUGCCAUCCCGACAGAGGUACAACACAACGGGACGUUAUGGGCUCAUUUCUAUCUCGCCUUGGCUGGCAGCGAGUUUGACCCAACAAGUCCCAACUACGACCCGCAUAAAGCCACUCACUUUAAAAGACCGCUGAACCAGUUCCUCCCGAAGAAAAAGGCCCGUAAGUUGAAGAACCUGCUCGAGAAAAGCGACGAGCCAAAAGAAGAAGAAUCGGAAGAACCGCAGGGAGUCCAAAUUGGCUCUUACUACCACCCCAACUUCACGGUCGCUGUGAUCCCGAACACAGGCGUGCAGAACUGGCGCCAAAUGCAUCCAGCGAUACGCAAGAAUAUUGUCCUCGAACCGACUGGUCAACGUGAUGCAUCGGGCCAAAACGGGUGGUAUUAUCCCGUCGUCUUCCUCAACACCUUCUGGCAACUACGCAGUCACAUGACCGAACUCAAUGAAACCGUCAAGGAAAUGCCCCUCAACAUCCAGCUGUACAACUUGGCCAAUUGGAAAUACAACCUGUUGGCGUCUAUCGACGAGGGCAUGAAACAAAACCAGGCACAAGCUGCGAACGGUGCGCCCAUGCCGGGUGGUGGGGAUGGCAGCGAGUUCGAGAAAUUCAAGGAAAUCCUCCUGGACACAAAUGCCUAUUUAUUGGGGACAACGUUCGUCGUCAGUAUCCUGCAUAUGGUCUUCGAAGGCCUGGCAUUCAAGAAUGAUAUCUCUCAUUGGCGAAGCAAGAAGGAUAACGUGGGCACAUCUGUGAGGACAAUCCUUGCGAACGUGUUCAUGCAGGCCGUCAUCUUCUUGUACUUGAUGGACAACUCGGAGAAUACCUCCUGGAUGAUUCUUGCUUCCCAAGGCUUCGGCAUUCUCCUUGAAGCCUGGAAGAUCACCAAGACCGUGGAUGUGCGCCUUCGCGAACCCGGCCCGGACUCGAGGUUCAAGAACAUAUUGCCUUACGUGGUUGUGUUUGAGGACAAGCACAAACUGACGGAGAAAGAAAGGCAAACGCAAGAAUAUGAUCAAAUCGCCUUCCGAUACUUGUACAUUGUGGCCGUGCCACUGCUGCUCGCUUACGCGGUGUACAGUCUCAUCUACGAGUCGCACAAGUCAUGGUACAGCUUCGUGAUCGAAACAUUGGUGGGGUCAGUUUAUGCCUACGGAUUCCUCAUGAUGGUACCUUCCCUGUACAUCAACUACAGGCUGAAGUCUGUGGCACACAUGCCCAGCAAGGCUCUGACAUACAAAUUCUUGAAUACGUUUAUUGAUGAUCUGUUCGCGUUCACCAUCAGAAUGCCGAUUUUGCACCGUCUGGCUACGCUGAGAGACGACGUCAUCUUCUUUGUGUGGCUAUAUCAGAAGUACAAGUACAAGGUGGACUAUUCGAGAGUCAACGAGUUCGGACAAGGUGGCGAGGAGGAGGAGGAGGAGGAGGAAGGAGAAGGAGAGAAGAAGGAGGACGGCAAGACGGCAAAGUCGCUCCAAGGCCAGGACACCAAGGAGCUGAAGCCCUCGGCUCCAGUUUCGAGUGCGACCGGAGCCCAGGCCAACGCGGGCGCGAAGAAGAGAAAGUAG